AUGGACCGCUGGGGUUGCUGGGGUUGCUCGGUCCACUCGGGUUGCUUGGUCCACUGGGGUUGCGAGGUCCGCUGGGGUUACGAGGUCCGCUGGGGUUACGAGGUCCACUGGGAUUCGCCGGUCCGCUGGGAUUCGACGGUCCGCUUGCGUUUGAGGGUCCACUCGGGUUGCUUGGUCCACUGGGGUUGCUCGGUCCACUGGGAUUGCUUGGUCCACUGGGGUUACGAGGGCCACUGGGGUUACUUGGUCCACUCUGGUUCGAUGGACCGCUGGGGUUGCUGGGGUUGCUCGGUCCACUGGGAUUGCUUGGUCCACUGGGGUUACGAGGUCCACUGGGGUUACUUGGUCCACUCUGGUUCGAUGGACCGCUGGGGUUGCUGGGGUUGCUCGGUCCACUGGGAUUGCUUGGUCCACUGGGGUUGCGAGGUCCGCUGGGGUUACGAGGUCCACUGGGAUUCGCCGGUCCGCUGGGAUUCGACGGUCCGCUUGGGUUUGAGGGUCCACUCGGGUUGCUUGGUCCGCUUGGGUUACGGGAACCGCUUGGGUUGCUAG